AUGCACCCUGGCCGUGGACUGCUGCAAGAGGCAUGCCAGCGAUGGCUCUACCCUGUCAGUGCUCGACGACCUCCCAGCAAGCGAGCAGCGGACUGCUGUACUCCCUGCACCUCGUCCAGAAAAGACGGGUAUGCUGCCUCCCGACGGAGCUAUGCCUCUUCAGCAGACCAGACGACCAAAGCGAAGCAAUAUGCGAGCACGCUGCUGCUCCCAAAGACGAGCUUCCCUCUGCGAGCACCGUCUGCGUCCAAGCAAGCAGAAUUGAGAGACAGAGCCGGCACGCCGCUCUACCGUUGGCAGGCGAGCUCAGCAGCGUCGCUUGCGGACCAACAGACAGAUCGACCGCUCUUUGUGCUACAUGACGGGCCGCCCUACGCCAAUGGACCGCUCCACAUAGGACAUGCGCUCAAUAAGAUCCUCAAGGACAUCGUACUGCGCUACAAAGUCCUCACUGGCUAUCGUGUCAACUACGUGACAGGAUGGGACUGCCAUGGCCUGCCACUCGAACUAGCAGCUCACAAAGCGAUAGGACCACCGGAGUCCAACGAAGAUCGCCAAACCUUUGCGCUGAGGGUACGCGCCCAAGCUAGAAAGGCUGCACACGAAGGCGUUGCGCUUCAGCGGAGUCAGUUCCAGCAAUUCGGUCUCAUGGUCGACUGGAACGACCGCUAUCUGACUCUGGCAGAUCAUGACUAUGAGAUCAGACAGCUCGAGAUCUUUCGCGACAUGUUUGCGAAAGGCAUGAUCUAUCAAGCGUUCAAACCUGUGCCUUAUUCGCCCUCCUCUCAGACGGCUCUCGCAGAAGCAGAGAUAGAGUACAAGGACGAUCAUAGAUCGACCGCAGUCUACGCUCGCUUUCACAUCGACACGGCCAGUCCAGCACUGCAGCGAGUGCUCGACCAGCUCCCCGUAGAUCAAAGCGCACGAGCAGCAGUUCUCGUUUGGACGACGACGCCAUGGACGCUGCCCGCCAAUCUCGCUGUGGCAGUCAACCCUGAUAUGCUUUACGUUCUCGCACACGACAGAGUAGCAAACGAGACCUAUGUCGUGGCACAAUCUCGUCUCGUAGCGUUGUCAGAAGCCUUGAAAUCCGAUCUGCAGGCGAUACCCCAGUGCAUGCUCAAAGGCUCGGACCUGAUCGGCACGACCUAUAGACAUCAUUUGAUGCCCCCUUCAGCAUCUUCAUAUCCCAUCAUACCCGCCAGUCACGUCACCGCUGACUCGGGCACUGGUCUGGUCCACACUGCGCCUGCGCACGGCGUCGAAGACGACCUGGCUUAUUCAGCCUAUCACGCAACAGGCAACGGUCAGGAAGUCAACCUUGUAGAUGGCUUUGGUCGGUACAGUGAAGCUCUGAGAAGUCGCAUUGGUGCAGACUGGGCAGAGCGGCUCGUUGGCAAGCCGGUCCUGACCACUGGGAAUGAUAUGGUCAUACAGCUGCUGCAAUCGGACGGCACGAUCGUAUCUGCAUCCACCCACGUGCAUCGCUAUCCUUACGACUGGCGAACAAAGAAGCCCAUCAUCACGCGCGCGACACGCCAGUGGUUCAUCGAUCUCGAGCCGCUACAGCAAAGUGCGUUCGACAGCCUCGAGCGGGUGCAUUUUGUGCCUCCCGGCGGUCGAGCGCGCUUGCAGCGAUACGUUGCAGGACGGAAAGGCUGGUGCAUCUCACGACAGCGCCCUUGGGGCGUACCUAUCCUCGCACUCGAAGCAGCAGAUGGGACAACAAUGAUGACGACCGAGACGAUUGACCAUGCUAUCAACGUUUUGCGGGAGAAAGGUACAGAUCAUUGGUGGCACGGGCCGGUCGAGGACUUUCUGCCGCCUGUAAUGCAGAAUCAAGGCUUUAUACAGGGAAGAGAUACUGUUGACGUAUGGCUAGACAGCGGCGUCACCUGGUCCUUCCUCGAAUCGCUAGCUCUGCGAAGUCGAUCGGAGCCAGUGUCAGAUCUCGUCUUGGAAGGGGGCGACCAGCAUCGCGGCUGGUUUCAGUCAUCCCUGCUCACUUCGAUCGCCACUAGGCAGCAGGCGCCUUAUGGCUGUGUCGUUACACACGGCUUCGUACUUGACGAGACAGGUCGUAAGAUGAGCAAGUCGCUCGGCAAUGUCAUUAGCCCGAACGAUGUCAUCAACGGCGGCAGAUCGGCCAAGGGUCCAGUCUGGCAGCCCUUUGGCGUAGAUGUCCUUCGCCUCUGGAUAGCUUCUGUCGACUUCAGAGAGGACAUGCAGAUCGGACAGAACAUCAUUCAGCUGAUAGCAGAGAAUUAUCGUCGAUUGCGCAACUCCGCGCGCUUCAUGCUCGGCAAUCUUGGCUCCCAUCCGCCCAUUGCUUUCGAUGACGUCCAGCUGGAUUUGCUGGAUCGAUAUGUACUCAACGAGCUUGUGGAGGUCGACGAAAGCAUACGACUUGCCUACGAUGACUUUGCUUUCAAUCGUGCCAUCUCUACGUUGACACAGUUCACGACAAAGACCCUUUCGUCAUUCUAUUUCGACAUUGUCAAAGACAGUCUCUACUGCGAUGGCUUGUCAGACCAUCGUCGAUUGGCCACUGUCUAUGUGUUGCAGCAAGUCCUCAGGUCGUACUGUGCUUGGCUUGCGCCGAUCCUGCCGCUGCUCGUCGAAGAAAUUGCAAGCUGCACCGAGUCCGAAUCGAUGUUUCAAACUGGCUGGCCCUCUCUUAGCUCACAAUGCCAGGACGGCGAGGCAAAAGCGACGCUCGGAAAGCUUAUGCCCUUGCGCGAUGCGAUUCUCUAUCAGUUAGAAUUAGCUAGACAGGCGAAGUAUGUCGGCAGCUCAGUCGAGGCGUCUGUUCAGCUCGAUAUCCCGCAGGACCACUCAGAUCGCGACUUCCUGCUGGCUCAUCUCCGCGAUCUCGAGCGCCUUUGCAUCGUCUCUGCGUUGAGUGACAUGAAGCCAGUGCAUGCGCCUGCUUGGAUUAUGUCCAGUGUGCAUCUCGGAGUUGGCAUCCAUGUGCAAUCCGCGCCACUCACCAAAUGCCCAAGAUGCUGGCUUUUCGCCCGACAAGAGCAAGAGGAGCUUUGCUCUCGUUGUACCGACGUAUUGCAACGAUGA